AUGGAACGAGACGCAAGGCGCGGUCGCGGCCAAUGGCGGGGAUGUUACGCAUUUACAGACGUGACCUGUGAUGGGGGCGGCGUUAAUUGUCCCAAACGAACGGGUGGUUUGAAGAUGGGCUCGACAUAUUACUACUAUUACGAGCUGGACGAUGGCACUGAGCACCACGAUCCCACCAUUCCAUUCACAACAUCUUGCCCCUACCUUCCAGGUCAACCAGUCAACUCUGUCUAUAUCCCAAUCGAAAGAAAGCCUCUCCGCUGUCGCAGUGCUUCGAUGAGUUCAAUGGCGAACGGCGACGUCAUGACUAUGAAUCCCGCCGAUAAAUUUAUGACUCCACGACCCUCCCCACGACCACCCGUCACUCAGCUACGAUUGAAUACAUCGCCGUCGUUGCCCACAAUGAAACGAUCUGCUCGUUCCAUUUCGCCCAAAUCAGACAAAUCAUCGUGGUCACCCAGGGCAUUUUUUGGCCUUCGAUCACCUCCUAUGACCUCGGUAUACGACAAUAGCAAACGUGGCCGAUCAUCCUCCGCAAGCAAGAUCGGGGAGCGGAGUAACAGUUUCCAGAACGGGUUUAUCCUUCCCCGAUCGGAAGACGCCCAGCGAUCCAAAACAUCGCUUCACAUGCGCGAAGCCUCCCCUCCUUCCCUCGGCCGACCUCAGUCCAGGGAGCCUUCUCCACUACGGCAGCAGCUGCCCCGCGACAGCAACAAUUUGAACAUCUCUACGCUCCUCAUUCCAGAUGAGAUCGCUGAGGAGGCCGAAGAUGACGAUAAUUUCGCCAGCCCGUUCAAUCGGACCUCGGUCGAUGAGCGAAGCCUGCCCACACAAUUGUCACCACCACCACCCUCGUGCGGGCGCCCGUCAGCCCUAAGAACACGUCCCGCAACUAGCACAUCCAAGCCGCUCCCAGAGAUCCCGGAUGAAAAGCUCAUGCCUCUACCCCUCCGUCUCCGAGCCGUCAUGUCGGCUGCCGAACUACCAAGAUCCCACUUCUCCAUAUCCACUAUCUCUACAGCAACAAGUUCCCCCACAAAUAGUCACUUUGAUUUCACCGAGAUGCGAUCGAUAUCAGAGUUAAAUUACGACGAGGGUGGCCUAGUGGCAGAUCUUGGAAGUGGUGAUGAAUUCACAUCUAGCCCAGCUUCGGACGAGGCAGACGGUCGAGAGUUUACAGGUUAUAGCUUGCCAGAGGAUGGCUUCCCUGUUACCAAGGAAACACCUCAAAACGAAGCGCUUCGCUCGCCUGCGAGCCGAACGACUUUUGGUGGGCCAGCGGCCUUUCCCAUGCACGCGGGGCCUGAUAUUGCGCAGGUGAGCGCGUUUGAAGAGUUAUUGAGCGAGGCUGGAUAUUUGGGGAAUAUGAUCGCUGGGAAAUAA